AUGACGUGCCGUGAUGCGAUCCCGGUGGGCCCACCGCGCACACGAGUGGCUAGGAGUAGUAGGGCAGGGCAUCUUCCUGUGGGCCUGCGGCUGGUGCAGGGAGAGGUAGCUGACGAGUGGGGCCCCGGUCGGUGCCUGCCCCGCCGCUCGCAGUCCCCGACCAAAAAGAUGCCGCGGAAGGCCAGCAGGGAGAGGGCGGCGCGUCCAUCCCACGCGAUUCUCCCACACAAAUACCACCUCCUCCUCCACCAUUGCUUCGCCAUCACCCAGCGGCUGCAGCUCAGACCUCAUCAGAGGCUCCUGCCGCCCGCCGUCGAUCUCGUUCGCCUCUUCCCCGCUGCGGAGCCGUCUCCACCCCUGCCCGCGCAGAUGGCAAACGCGGCGUCAGGGAUGGCCGUGGACGACGACUGCAAGCGCCGGUUCCUGGAGCUCAAGGCCAAGAGGACCCACCGCUUCAUCAUCUACAAGAUCGACGAGAAGAAGAAGAUGGUGGUGGUGGAGCAGGUGGGCGAGCCUGUGCUCAACUACGAUGACUUUGCCGCCAGCCUCCCCGCCAAUGAGUGCAGGUACGCCAUCUUCGACUACGACUUCGUCACCGAGGAGAACUGCCAGAAGAGCAAGAUCUUCUUCAUCGCCUGGUCUCCUGACACGGCGCGCGUGAGGAGCAAGAUGAUCUACGCCAGCUCCAAGGAGAGGUUCAAGCGGGAGCUGGACGGCAUCCAGGUGGAGCUUCAAGCCACCGACUCCGCUGAGGUUGGCCUUGACGUGAUCCAGGGCCGUGCUAACUGA